CUGUACUAUGUCCGCAGUCUCUGGUCAUCUCCUGUACUGUGUCCGCAGUCUCUGGUCAUCUCCUGUACUAUGUCCGCAGUCUCUGGUCAUCUCCUGUACUGUGUCCGCAGUCUCUGGUCAUUUCCUGUACUGUGUCUGCAGUCUCUGGUCAUCUCCUGUACUAUGUCCGCAGUCUCUGGUCAUCUCCUGUACUGUGUCUGCAGUCUCUGGUCAUCUCCUGUACUAGGUCUGCAGUCUCUGGUCAUUCCUUGUACUAUAUCUGCAGUCUCUGGUCAUCUCCUAUACUGUGUCUGCAGUCUCUGGUCAUCUCCUGUACUGUGUCCGCAGUCCCUGGUCAUCUCCUGUACUAUGUCCGCAGUCUCUGGUCAUCUCCUGUACUGUGUCUGCAGUCUCUGGUCAUCUCCUGUACUGUGUCCGCAGUCUCUGGUCAUUUCCUGUACUCUGUCCGCAGUCUCUGGUCAUCUC